AUGUCUGGACGUGGAAAGGGAGGCAAAGCCAAGAGCGGAGGAAAGGCGAAGUCGCGUUCGUCGCGUGCUGGACUCCAGUUCCCAGUUGGUCGUCUUCACCGAAUGCUCCGCAAAGGAAACUAUGCUGGACGCAUCGGAGGAGGAGCACCGGUGUACCUGGCUGCUGUGCUCGAAUACCUCGCCGCUGAGGUGCUCGAGUUGGCCGGUAACGCUGCUCGUGACAACAAGAAGAGCAGAAUCAACCCUCGCCAUCUGCAACUCGCUGUCCGCAACGACGAGGAGCUGAACAAGCUGCUUUCCGGUGUGACCAUCGCCCAAGGAGGAGUUCUGCCAAACAUCCAGGCCGUUCUUCUUCCCAAGAAGACUGCCGGAGACAAGGAAUAA